AUGGCGGUCAACGAAGGUGACGAUCUAGCAUCCCUAGAAGCCAAGACAGUCAACGAUGGAGCGAUCGUGGAAUUGUUAAGGAGAAGAUACAACCACCACAAGAUUUAUGUGAGCUGAAUUUCAAGCUUACUGAGUCUUUUUGGCCAACCUGCUUUUGUGCCGCGUUCAUUGCCAUUUUGCAAGUUUGCGCGUAGUAACAGGUUCUGUUCUGCUCAUGGGAAAACUUUUGUUAAAUCUUCAUUUUUUGCAGACCUACGUCAGCGAUGUAUUGCUCUCAGUGAAUCCUUUUCAACAUCUACCCAUCUAUGGGCCAAAGGUAGACUUGCAAUAUUUAGAUAUUGAUCGUUGUUCACACAUUAAAUAUUAAACAAUAGGAGAUUCAUAUCAUUUGUGCGCGCAUAUUUGAAUUCGUUCUCAUGAAGUAGACAGUCCUUAUACCUGUAGGUCCUCAAUGCAUCGCUAACUUAAUAUGAUUAAUUUACUCACUGUUAAAGGACACAGAAAGGGCGCUUGUGGGCUGAAAAAAUUACGCAGUUAUACAGCUUUGACUUUAAAUAAGCAUGUACCGCAGCUGUACGUGGCUGAUAAUCUCUUUAAGCGGGUAGGGAAUUGAUUUUCCCCACCGUUGCUUCAAUUUGGUCUGAAAUAGCUUUAAUUGAAUAAGACAGAUCUCAUCUAACACAAAUCUGUAUUGGUUUAAACGGGUGAAAAGUUCGAUAUUUCGUCGAUGCCUUUGGAUCAGUGUCAAGAAUCAACAUUAGCUGUUGUGAUUUACAUGACAAAAACCCCCCCUAACUAACGUCUUGUAAACACUCGGAGUACUUAAAAUACUGAGCAUAGUUAUGCAAAAUCGUAAGCCAAUUAAUUUCUCUUUCUGAACGCAGCUAUUGAAGAGAAAUAUUUCGCGAUUCGUAGAUCUCGAUUUUGAUCCUGAAUUUAUCAAGUUUUGAAAUAAUAUAUAUUUCGCAAGCUAAUAUCAUUGCCUAUAUUUUACAUCCCGCGCGCACCAAUGUGCGAUCUCUUUCAAACUACCCUUUUAAUUGAUCUGUUGUGCCUCUCUUCCGUAAAGAAUUGUUAAUUUUUCAUUUUACCAUAGCUUCAAUAAAUUUCCAUAGAUUCGGCCUCGACAAGUCUUUGAUGAAUAAUUCACAAAUAUUAUUUGACCCAGUAUUGAAAGUUCCUCAGCUAUAUGGCUUUGUACUGUAUUAAUCGAUCAAGCUAGAGUUGAAAAACUAAAUUAAACAUCUUACAUAGAUUAUAGAUUAAUUAACAUAGUUCAGGUUUUUUGCCCAAUAAGUAUACAAAUUUGCAUUUUUAAAGAGAUUAAAUUGUUCAUGUAAUGCAGAGAGCUUAAUGUGAUUGUUUGAUGGAUAUAAGUGCUUAAUAUAUAAGUCUGGGCAAGUCAUAUUCGUCACGAGUCCUUUCAUAUACUGUUUAAAACUAUGCAAGGAAAAUGUCACCAAUUUCUUUCAAAAUAAGCAGACAAAAUUCAUGGACUUCAAGAGUGACAGCAUGAUGAACUUAGAUUUAUUCAGUACAUUUAAAGAAAGCUAGAUCAAUUUGAUACAGUGUGAAAGUUAUGAUGAUUUGAGAGUGAUACAAUCUUUAUAAACUUAAUAAAAUAUGAGAUUUCAGAAAGUAUCCAUUCUUUUACACAGAGAAAAGGAAAUAAUUAUUACAAAUUAAUUUAGAGAUAACACUUAUUGGUGAAGUCUACAAUCAUGAUGUUGAUUUGAAAUUUAGCUGCCACAGUUAAUGUACUGGAUUCUUUAGGCAUUCUCAAAGUGACUAUCAGGAGCAUUUGAGAUCUAACCCCCCCCCUCCCCAGGAUGGGAUGCAGCAAAGUGGUACAUUACACAUUCAACCACAAGUCUCCCCUCCCCUAAUACCAAUACUUAUAUUAUUUUUAAUAACUAUCCACUGUUGUGGCUGCCUGUAAUUAUUUGCCACUAGCUGCCAACAUUCAGGCAAAUAGUUGUUUUAGUAUAAUACUAAAACAGUGAGAUGAUAUUAAAAAAAAGAUGAUUUAACUCAUUUGUUCUGACUUGCAAGGAUUAAAAUAUUUUUGGGUAAAAGUCACAUGUGUGUUGCUUUGAGGUGAACAGAAAAGGAUAUUCAGAGUUUGAGUAGCCAAUCAGAGCAUGCCUUAUUCCUAUCCAUUGUUUUACUAGGCAUUACAUAAUUAUAGUUUAUUGGGGUUCAAUAAAACCACACAAGUCUUUUUGCAAUUAAAGGAGAACUAAGAUCAAACUAGACUGAUAUCAUUCAAAUCUUAAUUCAAUUUACUAAGUAUAUAGACAGUAUUUCUGAACCACAGUUAUAAAUUAAUUUUUUGAAUAUUUUUAGGCUAUAAAAGCUUACCAGGAUUCACAGCCUAACCGGCAGUUGUCACCUCACGUGUACUCAAAAUGCAAGGCAAUUCUACGAUCAAUGCACCAUUCCUCAAAAAGCCAGUGUUGUGUGUUGACUGGUGAUAGUGCAUCAGGGAAGACUGAGUCUCUUAAGCACCUCCUGGACUAUGUUGUCAGUGUUGUUUCACCCACAAGUACCAGUUUGAAAGCCAAAUUUUCAAAGGUACUUGCAUGCACCUUUCACAUCAUUGAUUUUUCUUUAAUAAAAGUAGAGGAUUGGAAUAUGAUGUUUAAAAUAAAGGCAAUCUAAAAUGUAACUUAAACUGGUGAGAUCAAUACAGAAAAAAAUUGUGCAUGCUUGUCCUGCAUAAUGUUUAUGUUUAGGAUAUAAGUCUUUUAGAAGGUAAAGAAAAACAGUAAUGCAUACCUCAUGUCACUUAUGGAUAUACACCUUUUAAUGGUUUCUUUUAAUCUCACAUGUAAUUAGGUUCAGCUUAUUUUGGAAGCUUUUGGAAAUGCAGUAACAACACAAAACAGAAACUCAAGCAGGUUUGCAAUGUUCUACGAGGUGUACUUUUCACCUGAGAUGAAGUUAUCAGGAGGUAGGUUGGAUUGUGUGCAGAUUGGUGUUUCCAUGUCAUUCUUCCUUAGGAAGGGAAUUUUCUUUACAUUUCUUGAAAUUGCCCUUUAGUUAUUCUGACUUGUAAUCACUAAGCUAAAUGAACAGAUUUUCUACCUAAAGUAUGUAGUAAGUGACUGUCAUAACUUAAUCCACAUAAUUACUUUUAAUCAACACUAUUUUUGAGAUUUUAUAUUGCUUCUGUGGCUGAUGAACUUAGCUAAUCUGUUACUAAAUUAACAAUUAGGCUUACUACAUAUAUAUUGUACAUGCCUAAUUGGGCCAUUCAAAACUGUGAUAUAUAAAUCUAUCAAGUUAAACAGUCAGGUUCUUCAGCUAAAAUUUUUUUCUGUGAUUGAUUAUUUUCCAGGAAAGGUGCACCACUACAUGUUAGAAAAAUCAAGAGUUGUUCAUCAGGAAAAGGUGCUUAAAAGAAAAUUUAUUAUUAAUGAUGAAGAAAAAAUGAUAACAUUAUAAUCAUUAUAAUAAUGAUAUUGGCAGCUAUUAUAUUAAUUUUAUGAAAAAGUUAAAAGAUGCUCUUUGCAGGCACAUAAUUUAAUAGCUCUGGCUCCUUGCCAGAAAGUGCAUGUUAUAAUGCAAAAAUUUUAAGCAGCAAUCUUUUUUAGUCUAACAUGUUGCUAAAUCAAUAAUUAUGUAAAGUAUGCAGCAAUACUUAAGCAUGCUUUGCAUUUAGUGAUAGUAACAGGGUUAUAUUUUUUUGACAUCAUAGGUCAUGCAUGGUACAUGCAUGUUAGUUAACUAUAUAUGAUGAUUUUGCUCUGAUGAAGGGCUAAUGCUCAAUAUGUCAGCUUUGAAACUCUUUAUGGUGGCCAAUUUAGGUUAUCAACUCAGUGGAUAAUACUUAAUUACCCAGUUAUACUCUCCCACCAACACAGCAUCACUUUGUAUGUUAUGAUGUCAGCUUAACCUAGUAAAUGAAGUUAUUUCAUGGCUUUCACCAGUUGUACUUCAUGCUAAAAGAUAUAUCAAUUUUUUUUACGAAUGAUAUUGAAAAUUUCCUCUCAAUAAAGGAUUUACAGAUGAUAUAGUAAUGUGUACUACAUUUUAUACAUUCUAGAAUAAUUUAAUAUCAAAGAGCUAAUUAGUUGAUACUCUGCACCUUCUUAGGGAGCAAAGAACUUUCAUGUAUUCCAUUAUCUUUUGUAUGGAUUGGAUGUAGAUGAACAGCAGGAGUACCACUUGAGUUCUGAAUAUCCUCACAGGUAAAAUAAUUUAAUUGCAUCAUGUAACAUAUUUAAUUUUCCUAAUCGUCAGUAUGGUUUAAAAGAAAACUUGGAUUUGAGUUGUUGAUAAAAUACAAUUAGCUCUGCAUUAAUCCUGAUUACUGUAAAUUCAAAUAAAUCCAUUUGAUCCUCUGUGGUUUAUGUCUCUAGCAGUAAUGCUUUUUUUUCUAACUCUCAAGCUAAAUUACAAAGUUAAACGCAUUUUUAUCUUUUAAUUCCUUAAGAUGGUAAAAUUUCCGCACAUUCCCAUACUAUAUCAUGCAUUCAGUUCUUGAAUAGAGAAAACAAUGACAAAAACAAUACAUUGCCAUUGGGAAAACAGAUUUGUUUUACAAUAGUAUGGGGCUGUGCGGAAAUUAUACCCAUUUGCGAUGCGACUUACAAAAUAUGGUUAAAUACUUCUCUAGUAAAUCGAAGAGCUCGUGUAUGCUUAAAUCGUGGUGAUAUAAACAAGUGCUAUUAAACUUAACAGGACACGGUUCUUUAAUUCGCCGUGUUUUCAAUACAUGCUCAGAAAUAAGAGAUUGAUUUUUGGCAAAUUUCUACCAGUCUGAAUUCUACUUCUUUAACUGGAAGUGAUGAAAAAUGCGAUUUUUGAACUUAAGAAAGGGGAGUCGACUUAACACGAGUAAAUACAGUACACUUAAACUGCUGGAAAGUUAUACACAUUAAUUCACAAAAAUCUUAAGGGUUUAGUUUCCGCACAGCCCCAUACUACUGUAACUCAAAUCUGUUUUCCUAAUGGCAAUGUAUUGUUUUGUCAUUGUUUUCUCUAUUCAAGAACUGAAUGCAUGAUAUAGUAUGGGACUGUGCGGAAAUUUUACCCGCAAAUGAAAUCUUCUUGCAUUUAACUAACCUUUAUCUAUGAGUUUGAAAGGAGAUUUCGUAGACCGAAGAAACACCGAAGAGCUUCGAAGAAUCGCGCGUAACAGACAAGACCGCGCGAGACAUUAGCAUUUGCCAGGUCUCUAAGCCACUAGACUCGUUCGAUGUAAAGGAAAGUUCAGUACCGUAAACAACAGCGAAUCUGUAAGAAAAAAAUGUCUGCUCUACAGAUCAGAAGACACAAUAGAAAUCAGCUCCAGUGGCUUUGUGUUUAAGCCACUUAAAAUUUAUUAUUUCAAACUUUUUUGUUGACGAAGAAUGCGCUGAAAACUGACUAAACUUGAACACAAUUAGAACUGGUUUUAUAAACUCGUAGCCAAACCAUCCCCUUCAACACAAGUGAUAUAUGAAUAAGAGAGUCUUACAAGUAUAUAUGACAGUGUGACUUCUUUCAUCAUACACCACAAUUUCUAGUCUUUAUCAGAAAUUACAAAGUAUUUACCAAAUAACAACCAGUACAAUCUUGAACUGCAGCCCUCCUAUCUUUUUGCAUCCAGAUACCUCUCUUAUGACCCAACAGUUCCUCCAGUGGAUGAGACCAGCAAGAAAAUCUUAAGUGAGAAAUAUGUAGAGCUGUUAAAGUGCAUGGAGUCCGUUGGCUUUACUAAAGAGGUAAUUACUUUCAACAUAGACUAAAACCUUUUUGGAACACCAAAAAAGAAUUAGGAAUGAACUGGUUUUAUAGUACAUAAUUAAGCCAUUCAGCUACCUUUUAACUUCUUGAGUUGGCUUAUCAUACCCAAGAAGUAACAAAUAACUGUCCAAUUAUCAAUCCCUAUGGUGAAAACCCAUCAAAAACAAACUUAUGAAGUGCACAGUGUAACUCCACAUGUUUGAAAUGUACUGAGGCAGUCUGACUUAAAUUCUACUUCAGAAGUUUGCAGACAGCUAAUCAAUACUAGGGACCUUUAGCAGUCAACAACAUGGAGGAAGAUAUAGACAAAAAUUCAUAAUUUUAGUUCAUUCCAGAUUCUUUUUUUGAUGUUCCAAAAAGGUUUUAGCUUUUAUCAUUCAAAACAUUUAUCUGUAAACAUACAUGCUAGCAAGGGUAGCUUGCAGUGGCAUCAUUAAUUUUGUUGAUUACUGUGGUAAAUGCACUUUUGCUUUGUCAUGAAGAGAAGUUAACAUAAAAAUUAUAGCUCUUACCGAGUAGAUUUUUUUAAAAAUUUGAUUUUCUGAAGGAUGAUUGUUGAUAUGCACUGACUGCUGUUCUGAGAGAAACUGGUGCCUAAUGAUCACAUUUGCAUAGUAGAACAAAAGUGAAACAUUUCACCCUUUAACUCCCAUAAGUGAUUAACAUGUAACUUCUCCUUAUAACAUCCACACAUUAUCCUGGCAACAUGUAUUAAGAAUACUCAAACUUAUCAGGUAGGUCAGUUAGUAGUCCUGAUCUAACACCAAACACUUGUGACUUAUUUACAAGGAAAUGUGUAGCAGCUAGAGGGGAGAAUUAACACUCAGAUCUUGGGAGUUAAAGAGUUAAUAAAUCAACCUAAAGAAUUUGUAUUCAUUUGAUUAUCAUAGAAAAAUGAAAGUUGAUCAGGAAUUUUGACUUAUAUAAAGAUAUUCAUUUGCUAUUUAUUGAGAAUUGGGGUCAUCAAAAUUCAGUUUUGAAUUUAUCUGUAAUCAAAGUGUCAUGAUAUGUCAAAUCUUUCAGGAAAUUCUCAACGUCUCCAAGUGUUUAGUUGCUAUUCUUCACAUUGGAAAUGUUGCAUUUGGUUCAAAAACACAAACAAAUUCAGCAUUUGUGAAAGAUCCUCAGCCUGUGAAAUGCGGUAAGGAUACCUCACUGCACUUCAUUGUUCUGGACAAUGGCAUGAGUGGGUGGGUUGUCCUAUGCAUAUGAGCAAAUGAGAUUUAAGAGAUUCUCAAACUGUUUUAUGCUGCCCUUUCAUUACUGAACCUGCAUAAGGUAUUUUGACCAGUGCUAAACUUCAGAUCCAUUGUAGUGAUUACUAAUUUUGAUUUUAUUUUCGUGUGGUAACCUAAUGCUGGUUGUAGCUAGUUCACUUCUUGGUGUGUCAGAGGAUGAUAUGGGUGAGGCUCUGGUAAAGGGAAUCACCUACCAAAAAGGUAACUUCCCUGUAGAUUUGCUUUUAUGCUAAUUAUAUUUUAAACACAUCAUGUACAUGUGUUAGCCAAAAUUGGCACCAAUUAUGACUGCAUGCAUGAGAUAUAGCUGAGAAAAAAAAAAAAACACCAUCUCUCAGAAUUUUUCUUAACCACAUGAAUGCAAUGAAACUUUGAAAAACAUUUGAGAACCAGGUCUGAAUUACAAAACAAUUAAAUGUACUCUGAGAAAUGAACCAGCCAAGGAGUGAAAAAGUAAAUGAAACAGAAAUACCAGAUUUUAACAGCUCGGGAUGGAAAAUUAUUUGGGAGAUGCAAUUGUCCACUUGCUAGCGCGGAUAUAUAUGGUACUGGACUUGUUGUUAGUGUUCUAGACCUGAUUCUGGGCUUUGUGUGGUGACUCCUUCGGAUAUCUCAUAAUUCUUUUUUUUACCAAGGAGUGAAAAUGGGUUUUGGGCAAACUGUCAGAGAAACCUCCCACCCCCACCUGGGGGAGGGUUGAAUAACUUGUCAUGAAUUGGCAUCCCAUGCAAGGGGAUUAAAAAUACUCCCACUUGGUUCACACCAUCUAAAGUAGACUGAAAUAUUAGCUGAAUGAUAUUUUAAUGUCUGCAAGCCACCAGGCUGAGGUACAGACUUGAUUUUUAUUUCUGUGGCUAUUACUGAUAGGUUAGUCCCAGUUGUUUUGAUAAAUGUUGUUGUGUCUUUUGAUCCCCAAAGGUGAGAAGAUAUCAAUUCAAAAGCCUGUGGGUCUGGCUAAUGAAGGGCGAGACAACUUAGCCAUGAUGCUGUAUGGUCGCUUGUUUGGCUGGCUUGUGUUGAAAGUAAACAGCUGCUUGAAGGAUAAAGAUAAUGAACUAAGGUAACAACUAAGAAAAAAAUUUCUGCUGUAGUGCUUUACAAGGGAAAAAGUGAUUGCUACUUAUUUGAAAGGAAUUUCAAAAUUAAUAACAAUUAUCAGAUGGAUGAUAUUUUUCUCAUGAAAUUAUAAAUUGAAUUGGUCAAUUGAGUUAAUACUUAAAUUAAGACAUUAUUUGUUAGUUAUGAUUUUCAACCUUUUGCUUUACUUUCAGGCAUUACACAGGCCCAUCCCUUGGACUGCUUGAUAUUUUUGGGUUUGAAAAGUGUGAAGUAAAUGGUCUUCAGCAACUCUGCAUCAACACUGCAAAUGAGCAGUUGGCACAUUUCUACAACCAACAUGUUUUUGCUUGGGAACAGGUAACUAGUUGAUAAACAUAGAUGAUUUUGAUAAAGAAUCCAAGGUCAUGAAGGGUUUGUAACCAGUCAGGAAUUAUAAAUGUCACAUUGAACUAAAUUAAAGGUGUGUGCAUCAUGUGAUUGCAAUUUGCUAUGCCUUAUAAUCUGCAAGGGUACAGCAUGAUGUAAAGUAAUUGACCUGAGCUAAAAAAAUAUUUUUUUGGUUUGCUUGCAGUAGCCUUUCUUUGCUUAAAGUUUUCAAAAUAAAAAAAGGAAAAGUUUUAAUAUGAUCUGACUAUCAAAAAUAUUGUUAUUUAUUAUUAUCCAUGUUUAUAGGAGGAGCUUGAAUCAGAAGGCCUGAAAACCCAAAAGAUAUCCUAUUAUGAUAACAAGAAAGUUGUUGACCUUUUGCUUAAUGUGAGUAUAAUAUAUCUGAUUCAUUUUGAUUCUUAUAAAAUGCUUCCCUGAGAGACAUAUUUAUUACAAAAAUUAACAUGCUGGAGAAUUUUUGUAAUAUUGUGUUUAUUUCAACUCAUUUCAUUUUAAACUUCAACCUGUAAUUUUUUCCAAAAUAAACCAACACAGUAUUGUUAAGAAGGCCCACAAUUACAUUGUCAUGAUCCUAUAAACAUUCCAUACUCCUGAAUCCUAUUUGGACAAGCUGCAGGUCAAAGACCUGUUUAUUAGCAAGUCCUGGGGAAAAAGGUUUUGAAUGUUGAACCACCAAUAGUGUGAGCUGAAGCAUAACAUUUAUAGCGAUACAGAUCUCUUGUUUUGGUUACUUUUCUUAUAUAUAUAUAUUAAGUCCUAUAUUGCAGUGUAGAAAAAUUGCAGAAAAUUGUUUGUUUAUGGUUAAUGUUAAUACUUUAACUCUUGUGUAGAAACUGAGACAGCAAAAAUUUUAAAUUUUGGCAUUUGCUUUACUUAUAAUUAACCUUUUGAUGCUGUCGAUUGAUGUCAACUACAGCAGCCAAGUUAAAGCAACUACAAUGUAUUUACAGCACGUAAAUUAAAUAUCUUGGCACAUACAGUCAAAUCUAUACUGGAACCCCCAUCUCCCAUAUUAAAUCUUGGAGUCAACCCUUUCCCAAGUAAAUCUAUCAAUAGGAAGGCUCCCGAAGGAUGUUUUUAGCUCUAAGACCCAAUAAAAACAGAGUUAAACCAUCCUGUUGCUUUACGUCAAACAUCUGCCCACACGCAUGGGGCGGCGAGGUCGACUCGGUCGAGGUUGGGAAUUAAUGGUCUUUUUUCUCAUGAAAAAGGCAUUCUAAAAAAAUCUGCGUGAGAAGGAAACACUCAGGAAGUCAGUGGUGUUAGAGGUUCCUGUUAAUGGGCUCCCGGUUUUGCCACAUAUUACUUCUUGGUGACCCAUACUUGCGUGUCAAUGAUGGAUUUAAUUUUAUCUAGUUAUUUAUGAUUGUAUUUAAAAUUUAUUCUGAUAUUUUGCUCUUUGAAUAUGCAUUACAGCCACCCCAAGGGCUGCUGCCAAUUUUGGAAGGUGAAAGCAAAACAGCCCUUCCCACUGAUGCAGCCUUCGUUAAAAAAUGCAGUUCUGCUCAUCGGAAGCACUCCAAUUAUGGGAUGGCCAAAUCACCUUAUCCAUCCUUCACUAUAAGGCAUUAUACUGCUACCGUAAGUUGUUGGGGAAAAGAAGUCUUUGAGUGCUUCUGUAAUAAAUAUAAAUUGAAAUAAUUUAGAGAAAUACGGUAUAUACUUAUUCAAAAGUGUAUACCACUCAGUUGUGUUUGAUUGUUAAAGGUUAUUUUUUUUCAGAAGUUUGAAAGCAGAUAUUUGGUCGAAUCUGUCUUCUUUACCUAAGACAGAUCAGAAGUCCAGAUUUUUUAUUUUAUUUUGUAGGUGACUUAUGUGGCAUUGGGUUUCAUGAACAGUAACAAGGAGAUGCUGGGUGCAAGUCUUCUUCACUGCAUGCAAGGUACAGUUCACUUAAGCACUCGGUAGUAGAAGGAGAGGCAAAUUCGUAUAUUUCUUUAACCUAUGAUUAGUUAAUUCCUCUUAAAAAAAAAUGUUUAAGACUACAACUGGAAUCAAUCUUUCAAAAGUAAUAUUUAGUUUGAAGAAUUAUCCCAGAAGUAUGAGUGAAUAUCGGGAAGGGCAGAGAAGGAUGUGAAAGGUUUGCAAGAGCUUAGGUAAAAUAAUCUGCUCACUGUGAGAAUUCGCAGCUUAGACCUUCCAGGUCUGUGGUAGUAUUCUCUCCCAACUGAACGAUUUUUUUCCAACAACUACCGAUGAUCACACCAGUCUUAAAACAACAUUCCCAUAUUCAUGUUGCUAUUUAUUUCCAGGAAGCAGCAAUGAGUUUGUGAGUAGACUUUUUAGGGCUACCAUUUCAGGGACAGGUUCAUUAUCAGUGCAUCAAGAAAGGUAUGGGAAAGAAUGUCACAUAAAUGUAAAUAUAUUUGCAGUGUCUCAUCAAACAAACGUUUCACCACAUUUCUGCACGAAAGGUUGAAGCACUGAAAAUGUUCAACCAGGUGUGGGCUUCACUUUCUGGGAGAUUCUAUAAUGUAAUUGAGCUCGGAGCCUAUCACACUGUUUACUUUACAUUUUCUUGACCAAUGUACUGCGACUGCAAUUUUUUGUUCCUGAAAAAGUGGCACUUAAAUAAUGUUGAUGCCGUUUUAAAGAGUUUGCAUCGGUUUGCUUCCAGAUCAGCGGUUCCGGAAAUUUUGAUGCAAAUGAAGAAAAACAAAAAGUAAGAGAAAAGUAUAAGUCUGAGUUAAAUCUUAAUUAUAGUUCAUAGUUUCUUUUUAAUAAUGAAAGCAAAGUUUUUACUGUAACAGUUGUAAUGCCGUCAAACGGUCGAGUAGCGCGAAACUUAGAAACCUGUAACCCGCGCAAAGGAGGAAAAAUAAAUACAGAAGAUUUGUGUCUGAAAAACUUGAUGUCAGGCAAAAUUAUUCCCAAAAUUUGAAACUUUAGUGGGAAUUUUUGAGAGAAAACAUUGGAAGCCAUUGGAAAAAGUUAAAUUUCAUUUGUUUUCGUUUUCUUUUUUUUAUCUAUUGGCUCAUAUAGUGCGGCAAAACCAUCAUGAGCCCUGUUUACUUUUGAAUUGACGCUCAAUUUGGAAUAAUUCCGUUGGAAAUUUUGCAGGCUGUUCUACCAGAGUCUGCAACACUCAAAGAAAUUCUCACUAUACGAUUAGAAAGGCGAGGAUUGGGGUUCCUGAUUGGAGUAUUUCGUGGGAAUGAUAAUCUAAGAACGAAUACGGUUUAUUGAGUGUGGGGAAAUUUAAAUAGUUGCUUAUAAAGAUCUUAAAAAUGUAGGCGAAAUUCUUCGAUAUAGACAAACUGCAAGAGGACGAAAACUUUGAGAUCGGUUGGGAGUACUUAAAAUUUGUAUUACAUUUAUGGCGAAAUUGUUGUGAAGGUCCAGAUAUAUUUUGCCUGUCGUUGUUGUUGUUAUUGUUGUUGUUGAUGUUUUAAUGACUGAUAGUCGUAAUGGAUGUUCUUAAAUAUUUUUGCAGGAAUCCGACUUUAAGACACAAAGCAGCUGUGUAAGUAAAUGAAAAUGUGUUUAACAAGUCAUUUUGUCGAACAUGAUGUCUUCAGCAAGAUAUUAUAACAGUUUAUAAUCUCUUGUCUUUAAUUAGACUGAAAUGAGAUAGCACCAUUUUUUUAAUUUUUAGCUAGGGUUUUGUGUUGCCCUUGGGGUAAUUGUGCGAGUUUUUUUUCCGUUAUCGUCUCUGUUCUAAGCUGUUUUCUUCGCUUUCUCUCGCUUUACUCCAAAAAAUUAUCACUUCAAAUUCUUAAUUGAUAUGGCGGCUUUUACAUUCCUUUUUAAGAACUCUUUUAUUUUUCUAGGAAGGUCGUACAUGAUAAACAUGCAGAUUGAAAAUAACUAUAAUUUGAUACCAUCUAAAUAAGGUGGCUUGCAAUUUGGAAACGCUCUUAGAGACCCAUACAGUAUUGUUGUUUUACAUACUCAGCGUGCAACACUUGACUGGUACAGAAUCUCGUCAAGCAGAACGGGGUUUCCACACAACGGGAUCCCAGUUGAGAGUAAGUAUUCUUCAAUGAGCGAAGACCAAUUUUCGUAGCCAUCAUCAACUUUCACUCGGAACAAACGAAGAAAAGUAACAGAAAGAGCAAAUGAACUGAGAGCGAACACUCGUAAAUGGUUUCAAGCGCGGGAAAACGAGGGUGACAAAGUCGCGAUUGGUUUAAUUUUAGUUUUGCAUAUGAUUGGCUGGGAAGAUGGCGCGAGUUCUCUGGACCAAUCAAAGAGCGAUGCUCUAGAUAAAGAAAUCUGGGAAUAGUUAAAUAAAUAGGCAAGAGAAGGGAAAGGUCAAUCAUUGACUCUAAAAGUAGUUAACUUUAUAUUAUUUACGUACUUGUUGCUAAGGAGAUGAUUCGUACCGGGGACUUCGUUUUAUAGAGGGAGAGUGUGUUAUCCUUCCGAGUCUAUUUAAUAAUUAAUGAGACUUAACACCUUUCUGCAGGCUUCCAUCGCCGAACUUAUGAAGAAAAUGUUGUCUUGUGAGGUGCAUUUUAUCAGGUUUGCUUUCUCUCUCCAUGUAGGGAAACAUUAUAGAUUACUUGUGUCAUAUUAAUCUUUAAGUUUCCAAAGUUUUUUUCACCGAUCGGUUCAAUGUUUUUUCCUUUUAAUGUAAAAACAAGGGGUGUGUAUUAGAAGAAUUUUUUAAAAUACUUCUGAAACCGCCUCGUUCACAAACCUAUGGCUAGAAAUUAAGGACAAGAAAUUGGAAUUCGAAAUGGCGUGAUAGCACUAUAUCUCCAAACGAUUAGUGAUGUAGGAAACCUUACAAGUCUUGUCCUGCUGCGGAGAGAAUAUCGGCUCGUUAGUGAAGUACAUACGACAGACCAAGAAGGACCUUUGCUUCAAAAGCUGCGUCAUCAGUUUUGGACAAUACUACUCUUGGACUAGGGAAAACUUUUCUUAUUUUUUCAUCUGCAUCGUCGAGGAAAAUUUGCCAAUAAGCUUAUAACGAAAAAUUUGCAGUGCAUUUAAGGGUCAUAGUACAUGCAGUAGUUUCGAAGUCUUGUUGCAAAGCUCGGUCAGUAGGCUUCGCAAUGUACCUCUAACUUGACUGGGUGUUUAUUAAACAGGUGUAUCAAGCCAAAUUCGUAUCAGUCUCCCGACCGAUUUGAUCCCGACACGGUUCUCGCUCAAGUGAGGGCGCUGGCUGUGGUUCAGACGAUUCAGAUGAGGAAUUUUGGGUUUCCUGUUUGGUUCCCAUUUGAUGUCUUCAUCAAAAGGUUGACGUAUCUGUUGUUUUGUUUCAGUAGUAUUUCGCGCAUGUGCGUUGGAAUAUAGAGCGGUUUUGUCCUGAGAAGUCAGAAAUCUGCGGCAGGCAUGGUCGCUCAAAUUGCGAUUAGACCUCCCUGAUGAAAGUCAAAUUCCGAGUUCAGGGAUUUGGUGCCGAAAGGAAGACGUGACGAGAGCGACUUCGCACUUAGUUUCGUUCUCGCGCCUUAAUUUCAGUACCAGAUCUCUAAACCGAGAGAAAUCAGAAAUGGGCUAAUGACUUUUCUUCUCUUUCGAUUGAAACGUUUAUCAGCGCCAACGGUUUGGGGUUAAUCUUUGUGAAAUGCAAAAAUAAGACAGAGAGAAACUGAAAAUAAUAAACCUCUCAGCAAAGCCAUAAAUCUGAAUCAAAUUUCUCUUUAGAUCUAGUUGUGAACAACCCUUCCCCUAAUCUACGCCUGUAGUCUUCAGCUAAGCGGGCUCCAUUCAUUGAGAUUUCUUUUAAUAGGUUUGGCAUCCUGGCUGGUCUGCCCUUAGGUGCGUUUGUGAAAGACAGUAAUCAGACAUGUCAGAAGAUGCUUCGUCAGUUGGCAGGUUCUCAAGGUUGGAGAAUGGGUAAAACUAAGGUACCAAGGGCUGAUGUUUGGCUGUAAUAUUCUUUAACGUCUUCCCUAGCGAGCAUUUGUAGCUUCUGUUCUUUUCGCUUUUGAUGUUGUCUUGAAGCCUUUUUUAAUUGCGGUAGGUGUUUUUGAAGUAUUGGUGUUUAGAGAGGCUGUACACACUCCUGGAUCGCUUCGACUCUGUGGCUGUCGUUAUACAGAAAGGUAAAACCGCUCAGUCUUUGGUUUCCAAAUGAGGUAUCCUGCACUAAAUGCAUUCUUAGGGUAUUACCCACUCAUUAAUUUCUUUACGAUCUCAUCGCAUUAAAUGCAGCACGUGAUGCAAACUCAGGGGAAGGUUAUCCGCCGAGGUACUCGUAUGAUUUGACAUCUAUUCAACCAUAGUUUAUUACCUUGGAAAAUCCAGUCACGUGAUAGAGCACUCCUCUAACUUUUCUUUAAUUCCAUCUUUGAUUGAUCAUAAAAUCUCGUGCUACAUCCUAAGCAAAUCAGAUAUACAACUUGCCCAGGUGCCGUUUCCCGCGCUUUGACCUAGUCACGUGAGCUUGCUUUGGGUGCUUAUUGGCUUCUUCUGAUAUUUGACUGUGUUCUGGCCGUUGGUUGUGAUUUCCUUAGGCUUGACUUGAUGAACAAAUGCUCCUAAAAGUUCGCACCUAUUGCUUUAUCGUAGAAUAUUACCCCGAUUUCUCUAAAAGUUUCUCAGGUGCCCUCGAAUCUUCGCGUGAAAGGGCCAAAUCAAUGAGAAAGUAAACUUUACAGAAGUGUAAGGAGGCAACUAGUUACUUAGAGGGACCAGCUCAGGUGGUUACUUGCGUAUCGAGUGUGCAGAUAAGCUAGGCACAGCCAUUUUUCUUGGUACAACACAUCUACUGAAAUUUUUUUAAAACAUGAUAGACAUCCCAUUUUUUUUUUCUUCAGUUGUCAGAGGCUGGCAGGCAAGGGCUCUUUAUUCCAGGCUGAAACGGCUGAAAGGGGUACAGGAAAAUAAUGUGAAAAGUUUCCUGAAUACGGUGAGUGCAGCAUUAAACCGCAAACUUUCCAAGAGGAGUUGUAAACAAGAUUUCAUGUCAUAAUGAAAAAGCAAUCUUGGCAUAACACCGCACAGUGGUAAAUUCUUCUGAAUCUACAUGUAUAAUUAGAUCUCUCCACGCUGGCCAUCUUGGUUACAGAGGAGAGUGACUGUUGUAGAGAGGAGGCCGUAAUUUUGUUUAUUGUUUUCUUCGUUGUUAUUUUGCAGAUCGGCGGUCGAAGUGAGACGAUGUUUCAACAUAACACCAAUCAAGUCAAGGAGGAGGACUCAAAACAAAUACAUAAACAAAACGAGGUAGUGUUUGAACUAGCCAGCGGUACAACUAUAACAGAGGUUAAGCAUAUUUUCCACACCAAGGAAAAACCUGAACUUAAUGCUGUCUGCCCAAAGCCGUUCUUGGAUUCAAGAGAAGACAGUUCUUGCAUUUACUGUGGCCAAAAAUAUAUUUUUGGUAUUGUCAGCAGGGUUAUAUGAAAAGUGGGUGAAGUUAAACCAUACUUCCACCUUUUGCAACGAGCAUAAACGAGAGAGUUUACAAAACUGAUAGCGCCAGCGCCGGCUGGAAAUCACCGGCAUGGCGGAUAUUUAUGGAAUAAAGCGAAGAAGGCUUCACAAGUUUUGCUUAAUGGUUAUUUUUUCCGGUCCAGAUUGCGUGUAUUAUUAUAAGGAACAUGUACUUUAAUCAGGUAAAGAGAACUUCAUUGCAAAACCGCUUAAACUUCACAUUGAGAAACGUUUUACUUUAUUUAUUUAUUUAUUUGAUAUAAGUAAUUAUUAUAUCAUUAUCAGAUCAUCACCAGGAAUAUCUCGAAGAUACUCCUGGUACUGACCUGAAACCCCGAAUUUAUAUUUAGUACGCUUGGGUUGCCUGUGGUUUUGCAUAUGAUUGAUUAACGGGUUGUUUUUAGUUUUCCUGACCAACCACAAAGUGUAUAGAGGGAAAUCACUGCAAUCAUGAAUUAGUUUGGAUACUCAGUUGAUUAUUUCUCAAUGUCUACACAUCCUAACAUACCUAAGAACUGAUGAAUUUAAUUCAAUCUUUUGUCUAGAUGGCCAAUGUGAACAGACAGGCAUGGAGCCCAAACCUUCUGAACCAAAAGAGUCCAUCGACAUCCUCACAAACGUCAAGUAUGUAACUAACUGCGCCUUUUUACUUCAUAAAUUGGAGGAAAUAGACUUAAUGUGUGACACUUCUCGUUGUAACAAUUGGUUCCAGUCCAGUACUAUAUAACAAGCUCCCAAUCAGGGUUAAGACCAUUCGUUGCACUGCACAUCUUUAUUUCACUUUACUUCACGCGUGAUUUGUGCGCGCAAACUGAACAGUGUCGAGUCUUGAAAAAACUGGAAAGUGACGCAAUUCCGUAAUAACAUUUUUGCGGGCCUUGAAAAUGAUAUGGUUUUUAUUUUGCGUUAUGGCAAGUUGUGAAAAACUGGUGAAAUUGAAAUUUUUAAUGAAAUAACCUAUUUUAUAGAAGCAGCCUUAAUAACAUUUUUUUACCCAAUUGAUACUGUAUUUGAAACUAUCCAGUCCUUUCAGUAUUCUGUUUUGAUUUAGGUGAUUAGUUUUCGUUUUAAUUUUUUUUCUCUGACGUGAUUUUUCCACAGGUUUCGAUUUCCCAGAUGCAGGCUCACCAACAACUUCCCCUCGCCCCAAUCCUCCGCAGCAGAGAAUGUCUGACUUAUCACUGGGUUCUGUCUCCGAUAUAUUCGGCCCAGACUCUCCUACAAGUCCCGAUCGUCCUCAGUCGAGAACGUCUAACUUAUCAGUGGGUUCUGUGUCUGAUGUAUUCAGCCCAGACUCUCCUACACGUCCCGGUCCUCCACAGUCGAGAGCGUCUAACUUAUCUCUGGGUUCUGCCUCUGAUCUAUUCGGCCCAGACUCUCCUACACGUCCCGGUCCUCCACAGUCGAGAGCGUCUAACUUAUCUGUGGGUUCUGCCUCUGAUCUAUUCGGCCCAGACUCUCCUACACGUCCCGGUCCUCCGAAGUCGAGAGGGUCUGAUUUGUCCAUUCUCUCCACUGGAUCCACGUUUUCAAAUGUGAGUUUUCAUGUAAAUCAGCAUAGCAUUGGAGCGCUAAAUUUACUGAGCACUUAAAAUUCUUCUUGAAACUGGUUUAUAGCAUGGUUGAAUCGGCUAUUGUGAUUGGUUAAGUGAGAGGUCACAGUGAUCCAAUCGAGCCCACUCUAGAUCACCCUGACCUCUCUUGCACAAAGCGAAACUCUAUAGUGCAGUAUGCGGAGCUUUCAACUCAAACGUUUCUCCAUUUAUCAUUAGGAAUCUGAAACAGAAUUUGAUGCCGCACCCCUGGUUUGGUGUAAAAUAACUUGCUACGAGAGAGAAAUUCCUCUAAGUGAGUUCUCCAUCGAUCGUCCGUCAAUCGUAAUCGAUGGCUCCAAGAACGCUUUUGACGUCACAAGGUAAUUAAUACUGAGAAUCUUCUGCGCAAAAGUGGAGCAUUAUUUAUUUGACAAUAUCCUCCCCCAAGGGACUCAAAAAAUCCCUCCCCGCAUUGUCUCCCCCCCCCUCUAAAGAGUCAAGUAACACGCAAUAAAAUUAUAGUAUACACCAUGACAUUAAAAAGUUUUCGAGGGAACUUCGUUACAGGAAAAUAUUAUUAGGUUACAUUUAUUUCGGUGUAGUGUGUAGUUGGUUUUACUUGCCUCAAAAAUCUAUACUGUCAUACCUCCCCUACAAUCACUUUGUCGCCCUAAAUUGUCCGCUCCUCUCAACUUUCUCUGCUGCUCUCAAGAGAGCCUGAACUUCACGGUGGACGUUAACGGUAGUUGUCGUAGCUUUUCCUCGUCCCAAACCUCGCGCUUUCUCGAGCCCUGUACUUUCGUUAAUCGAGAUAAGAGUAGGGUUGUUUCAUUGAUUGAAAGAAGAGGAAAAUGACCAUCUCAGUCACAACGGCUAACCAGGACAAGGGAGCUGUUUAAGGAAGCCACUCGGAGGUCUAACGUAAGGCAAUGCAACUGCCUCGAAAAAAAAGCCGAGCGACCAAAUAGCCUUGUAUCUGAUUGGUUAAUGGAGGAUAUUACGAUAUUCUUGACCAAUCACUGACUGUGGUAAGUAAAUCAAUCGAUAUGUUCUCAGUCUUUACCGGUUUUUCACAGGAUCGGCCUCGGAGCGUUACCACCAAGUUCUGACCCCAAGAUUACAAGACUGCGGAACUACGUUGGAAAGGUGAGUCUAUUGAAUUUCUUUCAAAGACAAGCUGACAAUCCAACGCCUCCCGGGGGGGUGGAAGUUGAGUCUGGGGUGUCUCUUGAUUUUGUUUUUAAGGGAGACACCUGCUCUGGUAUUGCCUCUCUUCUCUCCUCCCAUGAAAAUGAGUGGGUACUAACGGACUGUCACUGAAGCUUGACGAAAUUCAGGGGGUGACUUGUAAGUAACAAACAUCUCAUCCAAGAAGUGUGGCAAUACCUUUGUAAAGAAAUUUCAUAAUCUAUCCCUCUACAAAAUCCUGUCACUUUGAUUGUUUACGAAAUUUGGUCGGACAAGUGUUAUUUCUUCUGGGAAUGAAGCGUUUGUACUCAUGUUUUCAGGGAAUAGAGAUUGUGAACGAUGAGCAAGGAAACGUAUGGGUGACUCGAGGAAGCAAGAACCACAUUUUUGUGAAGGUAGGAAGAAACGCACUAUUACGUUCUCCGUACUGUGGCGUAGUACUCUACAGAAAUUCUCACAUCAACGGUUGUAGGGAAUCAGAGCUUACCGUAUGAGUGUUUCUGCACGCAAAGCACGCUAGCGAAGACCCACACGCAAGAAAACAUACAUAAAGGCCAGUUAAAAUCAAUAGACUAGAGCUCCGCUUUCAGUUGUAUUUCAAUAUCACCACUUGCCGUAAAUCGACGGCCGAGAUGUAAGAUUUCUCCUUUGGAUAAAUAAUUCUUUAAGCAAGAAAGAGUGCUAUUUAAGUGACGGGUACUGAAGAUUUCAGAAGGACUGAAAUUAUAAGGAAAUUACAGUCAGAAAUUGUUUACGUUCUCAGACGUUUGCGCGACAGUUACUGUUGACCUGCCAAGGUAAAUUAUCUUAAGUCUAAAAACUCAAUGUCUUUGUUGGCAGGGUCAUUUCCUAUCCGAAGAGGUGAUCGCUUCAACAGGGGUCCUAGAAAAAGAUGUCACUCUUAAGGUACGUUUCUUUCGAUGUGCACUAUGGGUACAGAGAAAUGCCCCCCCCCCUUCCUCCCCUUUCUGUUCAUAUCCCAUUUUGCGUUUCUCUUCUCCUACUUACGACGUUACGCAGUCCAUGCGGUCGUCGCUUCAACUAAAAUAAACUAUGUAAUGGGUAUUUCAACCCCAGUAAGCUUAACUUUUUCUUCAUUAUUCUUUGAAAAACAGAGUCGUCCGUCACAUCUUAUUUUUCAUGUUGGUGGUGCAUAUUAGCUGUUCAAUAAAACUAUACCCCUUGGUCUGGUUCUCAUGUUUAUUUCCUCUUAUCAACCGUCUCUGUUUUUUUUUUGUUUUGUUUUGUUUCAAUGUAUUGAUGCUAUGAGAUGGUAACAGUGAUGAAGGGAGGGUACAUAAAGAGGAUUAACUCGGGAAAAUCCCAGAGAAAACUCAGUUAAAUUUUACAUCAUGUUGUCAGAGGAAUCGCUAGAUCGUUAAAGUUUCAUGUAGGGGGAACUCACUUUUGAAGGUCAUUCAGGAUCGUGUGAUACCUCAAGUAAAUAAUAUUUCUAUUCAACAAUGACAAGGGAGUUAUUCCUCGUCGACUUCACGUGCUUUGUGUGGUGCAAGUUUAUAAAACUUUAACGAAGGAUCAACGCGUGGAAUUUGUUUCAUAAUCUUUUUCUUUCUCUCUAUUUUGUCAGGUUUUUGAUUGGGAGUCUUUUGCAGCCCUAGUUCAGUAUCACUGCCUUGAGCCCAAAAACUUUGAUUCUGAUAUUGAGGAAAGGAUUUUGUCGAGUACCUCGGUCUACUUCAGUUUUGUGAAAGAUGGCGAGGAUGAUGUCAACACGCCAUGUUGGGCUCAGCUUGAUGUUCUGUCUGCCUUUAAUCAAGCUAAAGGUAACACAUCGUGUUUUACGUUGAAAAUCUUAAACCAUAGACGUUUCUCCAAAAGCGUUACCAGGAAAGGAAUCGUCCAAUUUUUUCAUAAAGCGGAGAGGGAAUUGCAUAAAGUGCAUGGAAAUGAGGGCAAGGUAACUUACAUACAAGCGGGUGAACGAAACGCAAACAAUUGAUUCUUAUCAUUUUUGAAGCUUUUGAUUUCACUCUUAGAAUCUUCGUACCCCAUACUUUGUACUGGCGGCUCGAGACACGCCGAGAGUGGUGUUCUUCAGGAAUUAGACUUCAAAUUUCAAACAAGAAUCCCUGUUAUCUUUUAAGCGAAAGUUUCCUUAGUGUCGAAGGCUCGUUCAUCUAUCAACUGAUAGUUUUUGCAAUAGCGCUUGAUUCAAAUUGACAGCAGUUAUUAACGAUAACAUGGAAGACGCGGGAAAGGUUUCUCGCGUAAAGCGACCGAUUUUGACUAGUAGGUUGACUUCUCAAGGCCAUGUAGUGCACAUUAUAAUUUAUCGCUCGAGAAAGAUCUUUGCUGUAAAUUAAAAUUACGACGAAAUUUUCUGGAAAGUCGGCUAAGUUGAUUUCACGAUGUUUCUCUUUCCAGCUGCCUGUAAAUAUGCCCGCGAAAGAAAACUCCAAGAAAAACAAAAGAAGCAGAAUGCACUGCCACCGAUUCUUCGUCCCAAGACGAAGAAAUCCCGUGAGUUAGCUGCUGUAGCUAAUUUCCAAGAACAGAUUCGCCCCAGACGUUUCGUUGACACGGAAAAAUUAAACCGGAAGGCAUGGGCGCGAACGGAAGUGGUCAUGAAUCCUUUUCUUUAUGGUAAAAAGGAAAACCUCGCAAUUAUGAAAGUGCUUCAGAAGGAGACAAAUGGGGAAUCCAGAAAAAGUCUCGAUACUGCCUCUCCCAAGUCCCCUUCUGCCGUAUUUGGCAACAACAAUGACAUGACGGACGGGGAUCCUGAGCAGAUCACUGUUGUGAUUGACAAGGUGGAUGAUGUUGGUGAAAUGUUGAGUCAGGAGACACAUACUACAACCAUACAAAAGCCUGGUCGCGAAAAACCCGGCAAGAAAGUCUGGGCCAAGAAAAAACAUGCCGAGGACAAAGCUGAUAAGGCAAAGAAAAAAUCCUCCUCAAAGUUCAGAUAAAGCCAUUAUUCUAAAGGUUCCCGUUUAUUGUCAGGCGAAAUGGAAGAACAUUGCGUGUCACGACUUUUUUACGACAGGAUCUUAAAUAGUGUAAUGAUAUGUAGCCUCUCUUUCUUGCUCCAGCGCGACCUGAGUGAUUGUCACGAGGUCCUAUUUUUCGUCCUAGACCCCUUGCUGGGUAAACGCAAUACAUGUGCUGGAAAUUAUUUUUAUAUACACUUUUAUUUAUCGGUACGUCACAGAAAAGGAAAAGGAGGGUUUUAUAUUCUGUUUUCUUAAUUGGAAUGCGCGACACAUUUUUAGCGUGACUGUUUCCAAUCAAAAUCUUAGGUAUUGCUCGGAUGAUUAUUUAAUAGAUAUCGUAAUUCGACUAUUACUAAGUUUCCACGGGAAAAUCCGAACCACUGUCAGGGCUAAAACUAGCACAACUGUAUGAAUUAGUCUUUAGUUUUCGACGACAAGAAAAAUUGCAUUCUUAACCUUGUAUUGCAAAACAUUUUUAAAAGCGCGUGUUUUGUCUUCCCUGUAAGACCUUUCCUUCUUUAAGACCGCUUUUGCAUUCAUUUGUUAUAUAUGCGCAAAAUGUAUAGAUUAUGUGGUAACUUAGUAGUUUUGUAAUACCAGUAAUUUUUCUUGAUUAUUCUAUAUUUAAAUUUCGCAAAAUCAUGACGCGAGACUUGCAACCUAUUGUAGUACUAUAGGUAUCGCUCGAAAAAUAUU